AUAAAAUGAAGUGGAGAAAUGCUUACACAGUCAAGUGAAAGUGACACGUCAUCGUGGACAAGUACUUGUGAUCUUUCUUUAUAUAAUGAUCAAAAACACUUUAUAGAGAGAUCACAUAAUCAUAUAUCAAUAUAUCCACAAAACAUUCCAUUACUACAUAUCCUAAACUAUGGCACCAGCAGCAAAUCGUCCAAACACCUCGCGUCACGUGGCAGUCAUCGGCGCGGGAGCAGCCGGACUCGUGGCGGCUCGGGAGCUCCGCCGCGAAGGCCACUCCGUAGUCGUUUUUGAACGUGGGAGCCAAAUCGGAGGCGUGUGGGCUUACACACCAAACGUCGAACCCGACCCGCUUAGCAUCGAUCCGACCCGACCCGUGAUCCACUCGAGCCUCUACAGCUCUCUCCGCACCAACAUCCCACGAGAAUGCAUGGGUUUCACCGACUUCCCUUUUUCGACCCGGCCAGAAAACGGGUCAAGAGAUCGGAGAAGACAUCCGGGUCAUAGUGAGGUUCUUGCUUACUUGAGAGACUUUGCGAAGGAGUUUGAGAUCGAGGAGAUGGUUCGGUUCGAGACGGAGGUUGUGAGGGCUGAGCCGGCGGCGGAUGAUCGCAAGAAAUGGCGAGUCGAGUCAAGAAACUCCGAUGGUAUCUCUGACGAGUUUUACGACGCCGUCGUCGUUUGUAACGGUCACUAUACAGAGCCUCGUCAUGCUCAAAUCCAUGGGAUAGAUUCAUGGCCAGGAAAGCAAAUUCACAGCCACAACUAUCGUGUUCCAGAUCAGUUUAAAGAUCAGGUGGUGGUGGUGAUUGGAAGCUCAGCGAGCGGAGUAGAUAUAAGCAGAGACAUAGCAAAGGUCGCAAAAGAAGUCCAUGUCUCUUCAAGAUCGACUAAACCGGAAACAUACGAGAAACUUCCCGGUUAUGACAAUUUAUGGCUUCACUCUACAAUUGAAACUGUCCAAGAAGAUGGUUCAGUGCUUUUACAAAACGGAAAAACGGUUUACGCUGAUACCAUUAUGCACUGCACCGGGUACAAAUAUUACUUCCCGUUUCUCGACACAAAAGGCGAAGUUAUCGUUGAAGAUAAUCGUGUUGGACCGUUAUAUAAACAUGUUUUCCCGCCGGCGCUUUCUCCGGGACUUUCCUUCAUCGGAUUACCAUGGCAGAUCACUCCUUUUCCGAUGUUCGAACUCCAAAGCAAAUGGGUCGCAGCGGUUUUGUCCGGUUGGGUUUCACUCCCAUCACAAGAAGAGAUGAUGGAAGAUACUAAGAUGUUCUACGCGAAGCUUGAAGCCUUAGGUAUUCCCAAGAGAUACACACAUCUUAUGGCAAAUGACUCUCAGUUUGAAUACGAUAAUUGGCUUGCUGAUCAAUGUGACUAUCCUCGCAUAGAAAAAUGGAGAGAGCAAAUGUUUUACAUCGGUUACAAGAGAAUCUACGCCAACUCCGAUACAUAUAGGGAUAAUUGGGACGAUGAUCACCUCAUCGCAGAAGCAUAUGAAGAUUUCGUCAGAUUCACAUCUAACAAUCCAAGUUCUUUGAUCGAAUCGUAAAAAUAAAAUAAAAUAAACAAGCUUAUAGAAAAAAAAACACUUAGGUUUUGUUCCGCAGAAAAGAAGGCGUGCGUGGGUUUAUUACGUGCGGUACAAUGUAUAUUAAUGUGUUGUAACGUCUCCCAAAUGUUGAAAGUCGAAUAAUGGACUUGAUAUGUGUGGAUAAACAAUAGUGCGGUGGAUUUAUAGAUAUGUGAUGACGUGAGGACCAUUGUGUCAAGCAGCCUUUAAUAAAACGCUGCGUUUAAACGAUUUCUGAGGAUGUUGUAUCGAAAAGAGUACUUGUGGUUCAUGAUGAUUUUGUGGGCCAGAUCUUUAUCAGAGGGCCUAAAAUAUUCUCCGUCUCUUAGGAAUCUUGUAAACACGAUGACACCUUCCUUAUCACCAAUUAGAUCUCACCACGUGGCAGUUAUCGGAGCUGGAGCCGCCGGUUUAGUAGCCGCGCGAGAGCUUCGACGGGAAGGUCACUCGGUGGUCGUUUUCGAGAGGCAGAAUCAGGUCGGAGGAACAUGGAUCUACACCGAUCAUGUCGAGCCGGAUCCGUUAAGCGUCGACCCGACCCGACCCGUUGUUCACUCGAGCGUCUAUGGCUCUCUCCGGACCAACCUUCCGCGUGAGUGUAUGGGAUACAGAGACUUCCCGUUCGUGAUCCGAUCCGGCGUCUCGGAAUCGAGAGACCCGAGGAGGUUUCCGAGUCAUAGUGAAGUUCUGGCGUAUCUGCAGGAUUUCGCAAAGGAGUUUCGGAUCGAGGAGAUGAUACGGUUCGAGACGGCGGUUGAGCGUGUUGCUCCGGCGGAGGAAAGCGACGGCGAAGCAGGAAAAAUGAAAUGGAGGAUUGAAUCUACAGAGAAAGAGGAGAAACUUCGUCGCGAUGAGAUUUACGAUGCCGUUGUCGUCUGUAACGGACAUUACAUUGAGCCUCGUCUAGCUGAAAUUCCUGGGAUAAGUUCUUGGCCAGGGAAAGAGAUGCAUAGCCAUAACUAUCGUAUUCCUGAACCUUUUAAAGAUCAGGUUGUCGUGCUUAUUGGGAACUCUGCAAGUGCUGUUGAUAUAAGUAGAGACAUUGCUGGAUUUGCCAAAGAGGUUCAUGUGGCUUGUAGGUCAAAUGCAGCGGAUACGUUUAUUAAACAGUCCAGUUACAGUAACUUGUGGAUGCAUUCCAUGAUUGAACGUGUUCAUGAGGAUGGUUCUGUGGUUUUUCAGAACGGGAAAACGAUUUUGGUUGAUGUUAUUAUGCAUUGCACUGGGUAUAAGUAUCACUUCCCGUUUCUUGAAACCAAUGGAAGUGUUACUGUAGAAGAUAACCGAGUUGGUCCAUUGUACAAAGACGUCUUCCCUCCAGCAUUAGCACCGUGGCUCUCCUUCAUCGGGAUACCAUGGAAGGUUGUACCGUUUCCAUUGUUUGAGCUGCAAAGCAAGUGGAUCGCUGGUGUUUUGUCGGGUCGGAUCACGCUUCCUGCAAAGGAAGAUAUGAUGAAGGAUAUUGAAUCUUUCUAUUCGACACUUGAAGCUCAAGGGAUUCCAAAGCGAUAUACUCAUCAAAUGGGUGUUGCUCAAUUUGAGUAUAAUGAUUGGUUGGCUUCACAAUGCGGAUGCUCAGGAACAGAGGAGUGGAGGAAAGAGAUGUAUUUGACGACUGGUGUGAGGAAGAGAGAGUAUCCAGAGACGUAUAGAGACAAAUGGGAAGAUCAUCAUUUGGUUUCUCAAGCUUAUCAAGACUUCUCUUUAUAUACACAUUAACAAAAGAUCUGAUAAAGUAAAUCAAUUACCUAAGAUGUUGUGCCAAUACUACUGUCAUUCGUUAGACUUUGGGAUCGUAUCACUUAGUUUCUCAAGCUUAUCAAAUAUCUCUCCAUCGGAAAUGUAGGAAAGUUGCUUCUGCCAAGAAGUUGUAAGAUAUUCGUUAGAAGAAACGAAUAUCUCUCUUCUUUAUCUCGUCUUUUCUUCUUUCGUAAUAAUUGAAACUCACUUAAUAUUUUUCUUAGGCAAAACAUUCUUGUUAGACAU